UUUAUACAAAUUUUCAGUCCGAGUACAGAAUUUGCUUUCGGUUCUUUUCUUCUAGACCGUAGGUAUUUAAUACCAAAGAAGCUAUCUCACUGUGCGUUGCUUUAUAGUAUAUUAACUAAACAACUACUGAGGUUUGCAGACUUAAGUAGUGUGACAAAUUGCACCACAUUUUACUCAGAUCCUUGAUAAUGCUAUGUUAAACUAAUACACAUCAUCUUUCAACCCCAUUGUUUGCUUAGGUGUUUUUAAUAGCGAAGGUUUGCCGUUCAUUUUGCGUCAUCAACAUGCUGGGAGUGACAGAAGAAAAACGUCAAGUACCAAAGAUGUUGCAAAAAUUUUUGCAGUAUGAUAUUCAGAUCACUAAAAAGUUUGUAGAUGGUGCACUACAAAAUACAGCUUUAAGAUCACUACGCAACCAUGCCAAAUUUCUUGAGGUCUCCUGCCAUGGCAUAGUGUGGCUUGCUGGCUGGCUUAGUUUUAUAUGGUUAUUUAAUAAUAAAGACCUGUAUCAACUGCAAGUGAAUAUGUUAAUAGCUCUUAUAUUGGAUAUUGUUAUAAUAGCAGUUGUAAAAGCUUUUGUCCGAAGGCGAAGACCGGUGCCUAUGAACAAGCUAUCUGCUCUCGGGCCUGACAAGUACUCGUUCCCGUCGGGACACGCCAGCAGGUCCGUGCUAGUUGCCUUCACCCUCAUGUACUUGAGCCCCGUGUCCAUCAUAUUCUACCCCCCUCUCCUCGCUUGGGUGACGUCGGUGUGUCUCUCGAGGGUCCUGGCUGAGAGACAUUACUUCCUGGAUGUGUUUGCCGGCUGUGGCCUUGGAGUUCUAGAAGGGUUGUUAAUGGCCUUGGUUUGGUUAUCUCAGAGCACCUCUGCAAGCAUUUUGUCUUCCCUGUCAGAUGAAAAACUUGAUGGAGGAGAAUAUCAUGUUUAAAACUUUAAAAUGCAUUUUACCAAAGCAUCACUUAUGAAGGCUUCUUACUCGUGUCUUUGAACCCAUUGUGGUUGGAAAGUGUUUUUAACCUGUUGAUUUUAGUAUUCAUACAUAGAACGAAUAAAUAAAUAACAUAACAUUAACUUUAACUACUACUUAGAUUGUAAAAACCGUUGUGUUACCAAAUCGUAACGUAAUUUUUUACAGAUUAUUUGUGUUAUACCUACUGUGUUAAAUGUUGAAAAACUUAGGUGUAAGUACCUAAUACUUAGUAAUAAAAAUAUAUAAUAUUUUCAACAUC